AUGGCCCUCGCUUUCGGAUUCCCGACUUUUCAUCCAACUAGGUAAGCCUUUCAAAAUUAUAAUUUUUCUUCGCUGCAAGUAAUUGAGUUAUCAGUAUCUAAGAGUAAUUUUGUUUUCACAUCGUUUUUUAGGGUCUAACACAGGUUUUUUUUGGUAUACAGUAUAAUGGACUCUCUGAAAUUGGUUAAACGAAUACAGUGUUUUCUUUAGGUUUCGAUAUGUUGAAAAAAAUUAGUGGAUUAUUUUGGUUUAUAACCGAUCAAGGUAAAACGAGAAUUAGAAGGGAGAGGAGGCGAGGGGCGCGGGGGAGGGGGGGAGAGUAUUGCGGGGGAAAUGCAGCGAAAUGCCCUAGUGUUCUUCCCUGGUUUGGCCUCAAUCCAGCUUUUCAGUGCACAGUUGUUUUAUAGAAAGCUAAUGAAAUUCCUCCUUGCGAAUUACCUUUCGAAAAAUUACGAUCCGAAAAAAAGGUCACUAGAGAGUACCGACCUGCCAGACAAGAAACCCCCUGGACCACUCUGAUUCGUUUAAUUUUUCUUAUGACCUUAUCCACACUUGACUGUUUGUACGUUUGUUAUUUUUUUUCCAAGUUAUGCGCAUAUCUUUUGGUUAGCCUGACAUCUUUGAGGGCCACAAGUUUUCAGUUUUUAACUGCCUGUCGUCACGCACUGUAACUAAAGUUGAUUAUGAUCAGAGAUCAUGAUAUUAAUUAUGGUUAUGAUUAUGAUUCGGUCCUAGAAACCCUUGCCUUAGCCUAAACUGAAAACCUUGCAACUUCGCCCAGUUUCUGUCGCUAGGGUCAGGGAAAUAGGAUCAGCCUGAUGAGCUCAGUUAGGCGAUUUAGGAACUGGAUGGGCGAUAAACCUGAAUAUCCUCACAGCAGAGUGCCUUAAAGCUUCCUAUUCUUUCUUUUCUUUAUUUCAGACAUUUUCCUACUUUAUUCGUUAACGCUUAAAGCAAGACAAAUUUAACAUUACAUAUAUAUUAUCACCACUGAUUUGCAAACGCGACAAACCCAAUGUUUUGUUCUGCCAGCGUCAGUCAGACAGGCGUUUAAAUUCGGCAAUUCAAAAUUUCAUGGAAACAUUUUUAUUUACAUUGUAAAGAAAAUCCGACUUGCUAAUUUUUAAGGCAACUGAGAUGUUUUGGUCCAGUUAGUCUCACCAACUCCAGGCAAAAUAACAAUUUUCUUUUGUUUCAUUUUCAGCUACAACAGCUUCUUCAAUCAAGUUGUCCCAGGUUUUGGGUUUUUGCAAGAUUUAUGGAGGAGCACAGCUCUCUUCUGCGAGGAACAGGCUCGGCAGAGGAAACUAAUGAAGACAUAUUCGGGCCCAGUCAUAAUUGCUUGGCUGCCAAUGAACCAGUACAAACCAGAAGAAAUUUCACUCUGUGUUGACGACGAAAAUAUAACGUUACACGGCCAGCAUCGAUCCGAAGGAGAAGAUGGAUUUGAGAAUAGUGAGUUCAUGAAAAUCAUUAAGCUCCCGCAAGACGUAGAUCCCACAACAGUGACAUCACAUGUAACCAGAAAUGGUAGCGUUCUAGUCCUCAAUGGCAUCAAACGCCUUGAAAAGAAAAUAAAAGCAAACGAUGACAAGUUUGUUGCUAAAUUAAAUCUGCGUGGAUUUAAACUAGAAGAAAUCAAGAUCCAGCGUCGAGGAAAUGAGCUCAUGGUCAUAGCAAAACACGGAUCGGAGGAAGAUGGUUCACGUGAUUACAGGCAUCGCAUUUUGCUGCCCGAUGACGCAGACGUCAGUUCAUUGACGUCACGCCUCUGCAGUAACGGCGUGCUAAUUAUAGAAGUGUCACGUGACCAAGCGUUCUUACAAGACGAGGCAAAACAAGAAGCAAGUGGUAACACAGAAUUCAAUCGGCGUGAAUGAACCACGUUCACUUGGCAGAUUGUACAGAAUCACUCUCUACAUUAUUUUUUGAAAUAUUUAUUACAUUUCUUAUUAAAGUUAUAAUUUUAAAGUGCAACCUCGGCAUACUCUGUUAAACCUAGUGAUACAUCAUGAUAAUUUUAUUGUGAUAUCUUUAGUUUAGAUUUUUGCUUAAUUUUCAGUUUUUAAUUCAGUGGUUUUUAAUCAUCAGACAAACAUGUUCCAAUGCGUUAAGUACCGAUUAAAAGAAAUAUUUUACACUUUAGUUAAAAUGUAUAUCAGAUCAGUUAUCAGUUUUUAUCCAAAGUUCUUUGUCUAUAUAUAGUAUAGUUCUUGAUAUUUUAAGUUUUUGGGAUUGUAAACCUUUGGAAUAUAAGUUAAUGAAAGUUAUUAUAGGUCCGUAUAUAGUACAGGAACAAUAAAAUGUUUAAAUGAGCAUCUAACUGGGUUGUGUUUCCUUUUAAUUAUCGUUCUUUUUGACCACUUUUUACCUCUAGAUGAUGUAGUCUCAAUGAGGGGAUAGUCUGUCGGUAUUUUUCUAUCUAAAGCAGAAGCUUCUUUGGUCUCUUUGACUUGAAAUUUUCUGAUGCCUUUCCAGAGCAGUUACCCUAUUAAUACAG